AUGAUGACCUCACGAAAGACAGUGAGCGCAGUCCUGAACCACUAUGACCCCAUCAACGGACCCAAAUAUAUGAACCUAAGCGCCGCUGAAGUCCACUCCUACAAAUGGACUCCUGUCCCAGUCGAAAUCACAGAUAUACGAAGCUGCGACGAAGACUUCACGCUCGAUAAGAACGGCUUCCAACUCGUGGAGCAUAAAGUCGACCUGUCAGCAUGCGCAGACGACGCAAGCAUUAGAGAGAAACUCUAUCCUCAACUCGAGGAGAUGCUUAAAAGAGUCACAGGGGCAACACACGCCAAAGCCAGCGCUCACAUGGUCCGCGAGUCCACCAUCGCAGAUCUCAAAGCAAGGGCUGAGAGAGCCGAUAGUCCAUUGGAAGUCUUGCCUCCCGGCCCAGCAACGAAUGUGCACGUUGAUAAGCCGCAUCCCUUUCCAUUACACUCGCAUUCAUGA